AUGGCGAACAACUCCUCCCCCACCAACGUCCUCUCCACCACAUCACUGAGCCGCUACAUGGCCCAGUCGCUCCCGCGAGACGCCUCACCACAACUCAAUAAUGCCUUCGAUUCCAUCGCACUGGCUGCACAUGCGAGCAUGCUAGCAGUCGGCUUCCGCCUUGUUGGCCUGGGGGAAGACCACCGCAUCGAAGCCGACUCAGAUCCGUCAAACCCGCAACCUUUACCCUCAGAAUGGAACGCCAACAGCGGAAGCUACAGCUUCAGAUAUGCUCAUACCCAGAGUAGCAUGCAAUACCUGCUCAAGAUCAGCAGGAUGGCCAACAAAGCGAUUAUCAUGGGCAUGGGAAUGGGCGACGACAAGACUUGCAGUUUCGACAUCACAGCACGAGAUUACGUGUCAGAGGGCAAUCUCCCAGCCACCCCGGUAUCAGAAGAGAAGAACCAAGAGGAGGCGAGCAGAAGUCUGACGGAUGUGUUCAUCUCAGCUGGCAGGUUGAGCGAUUUUGGCAGCAUGAUGCAAUUGAACGUGAUUCAGAAGCUCAUACCGAGCUUGCAAAAGGAGGGCUACGAGGAGAAUAGGGCAGGACAGUCAUCACGAACAGACCCACAACGCCCGCGCGAGCCUCAACAACCUAUCUACGACCCACUACGAGACGAUCGAGAUCCGCCAGCUCGGCCACGGCCACUCCACGAUCCGCUUGCGAUGCCACCACGCAGACCGAUACCAGAGCCGAUGCCUGGGUUCGAGGACGAAUACGAGACACUGCGUCCGCCUCGAGGUGGAGUGCCUGGACCUGGCCUGCCCCAUUACGGCGACAGAGACUUGUACCCGCAAGGGCUGGGACCACGCGAUCCAAUGUAUGGCGGUGUGGGGCCAGGGCUAGCACGUCCAGGCGGUGGAGGUGGGAUGCAUCCGACGUUCGACGAUCCGCUGUUCGCAGGGCAAGGGCAAGGAGGCUACGACCCGCGAGCGCCGCCGGGAAGCAGAUAUGAUCCAGUCGGGCCGGGCAUGGGUGGUCAUCCACGCGGUGCUGGGAUGGGUGGCAGGCCGCCAGGAGGUGGACCACCUAAUCCAUUCGGCGGUUUCGGAGAUGGAGACUUUAUAUGA